CAAACUCCCAAAUUCUCAGGGCAGGGCAAGAACAGGAUUGCUCGCGUGCCUGGUUAUACGCUAAGCUUGAUUUGUGAGCACUAGCACCAAAAAUCAUUCAUAUCCAUCAUAUCAAUCCAAUUCAAUUUGUCUGGCCUCUGCAAGUGCGACCGACCGACCGACCAUAGGGAUUGUAUAUUACAACUCCACUCUUACUAUUCACACUACUGCAGCUUUUGUAGGAAGAAAAAGGACAAAAGAAUCAAGCGGAGUUCUUCUUCCCAGCUUUCGUCAUAACACAAUACAAUUCAAUCCUGAACUAACUUGGUGAAAGACUAUUUCUGUUUCUUUUAAACAAGAAAAAAAGGUUUACCAAAUAAAUCUCAACAUCAAAGGAUAACACAAUCAACACAUUGCAUCGCAUCAACAAAACCUUCCAACUCCACUGCACAAGCUUAUCAUCAUCAAAAGCAUCCUCGACUAUCUUCCUUCUCCGAUACACAACCAUCAAACUUUACACUUAUUAUGUCCGAUUUUCCCUCCAACGUCAGUACAACUUCUAACGAAGGGACUACUAACACAAUGGAGAACGCAAAGAACGCAGUUUAUGACAGUGAGGUAAGCUACAUCUAUCUAUCAAUGAAAUCACCCAAGUUUGCAUCGCUAACCAUGAGACAGUCCAGAAGUUCGCACAUUGAUAUCACUAUAGAAAAUAAACUAAUCAGUCAAUCCAGAUGCAUCUGCAGCUGCUAACACUGUCGGAAACCAUCCCUUCACUCAAAGUGUCGUAAAUGGUACGUUGAACUUUAGCAGAUAUCCUCCAUGACUAUCAUACUGACUUCCUCGCGAUAGGCCCAGUGGCAGAUAAUGUACGAGAGCAACAUCAAAAGACUCAAGCUGAAUUUUCCAACCUCGCAAAUUCCCGCACCACUCCUUCCAAUACAACAGCUACAGGUCAACAACUCACACAUUACCAUUCAUUUUUCUCCAACUUAUUAUCAUGGAAAAAUCCUCGUGCAUCCGGAAUUGCAUACCUCUCCACGGUUGCAUUCAUUUUCGCAGCGAGAUAUCUUGAUAUCCUCCGAUAUUCAUUCAAGGUUACAUACAUGGCUUUGUUUGUGACUGUUCUCGCAGAAGCUCUUGGAAAGCUAGCUUUUUCGCAUGGUCUUACAUCCCAGUUUAGACCUAAGAAAUACUAUACUCUUUCAAAAGAGACUCUUGACAACUUACUCGGCGAUGUACAUGAGCUCAUCAACUUCUUCGUCAUUGAGUCGCAACGUAUUCUCUUCGCCGAGAAUCUCUUUGUUUCUCUGACUGUAAGAUAAUCCCAGAUUCCUUACCAUGAAUUAUAAAGUGCUAACCAAAAUAGGCCUUGAUCGGAUCUUUCAUUUCCUACUAUUUGAUCAAGCUUAUUCCAUUCUGGGGUCUCUCUCUCAUCUUCACCUCCGUCCUUUUUAUCUGCCCACUUAUCUACAAGACCAACAAGGAACUCAUCGACAAUCUCCUUGCUCAAGCCUCCAGCGUCGUCAACCAACAAACUAAACAAGUUAAACAACUCGCCAGUCAACACGCAGCCCAUGUUGCCGAGACCACCAAGCAAUACGCUGGGGAGUAUGCACACAAAGCACAAGAGAUUAUUGGAAGUGCCAGAAGCCGCUCUGGAUCUCCAGAGGCUAGCAGAGUUACCUCUUCCCCAAUAACAACAAAGAUCAAUGGCAUCAAGGAGGAGGAUUUCCCAGAAGCACCAAAAGAGGAUUUCAAGGCUACCAUGCCCAGUGAGAGCGAGCCACUCAUUGCCGCAUAAAUUUAACGACAUGGCGAAAGAGGAACCUUUUACAACUCUGGUGAAGAGAGAUCAAUCUUUUUGAUUGGAGGUCCAAAUACAAAAGUGAAAAGUUAUAUCAUGAGGUUAGCUGAAUGAAAACAAGGGGUCAAAGGAAAUCACGAAGAUUGAUAUGAAUAUGGAGGAUUACCAUGUUACAAGGUCCAAUUAAGGAAAUAUGGGGACUAAGCACGAAACUUAGGGCACAUUUCGUUAUGUGAAGCUUUUUCUCUUUUCUUUUUGUUAACUUGCGGGGCUAAUUUAGUUCUGUCGGUCGCUGCCUUUUGGUUUUUUCCCCCAAGUACUUGUCUUUUAAUGGGAUGGAUGGAAUGGAGUGGUAUGGGUGGAUAGGAAUGAAGUUAUGGUUAUUGAUGAUAUCUCAUAGGGUAGCGUUUGCGUUGUUUACGGACCUAGGGCAUUAUAGUUCUUACGUUUUUCUAAAAUUGAUAAAAUUAUAAAUCUUUGU